ACUGACAAUGGAAACUCUUCUAUCGAAAUACUGUUGAAAUGGUUGAAGCCGUGCACCAAUUACACUGUCAGUGUGGAAGACUGCAAUCCCAUCGGUAAUAACAGUUUUAUAUACCCAACCAUAGAAAAUCAAAACCAUUCUGUGACACAUGUUGGAGGGAAAGUGUGUUUCAUAGAUGAUAAAUGGGAUCUGAAGGAAUGUGAGAAUGUAUCACUUGAAAACUCUUGCAAAAAUAAGACAAUUCAAUUUAAGCUUGACACAUGCAACUACACAAUGAAUGUCAACAUUCCCCCAGUCAAACCGAACAUAACCUUCAAUGAAACUAUCUCCUCUCAGUUUAUCUGGGCUAAUAAACCAGAAACAUGUUCAAUCAAUGAUAUGAAGGUCAGCUGCAGUGUUGAUGGCAAUAAAACCCCCUAUGAGUUAAAUAAGGAUGUGUUUUUAGUGCCCUCCAAAACAUAUAGCUGCACUGGAAAAUACCCUUACAAGGAUUAUUUCAUAGAAAGCAAUAAUCUCCAAAUUAAAAUUGAUUGCGACUGGGAAAAUCAAACUGUGUUUAAAGAAGUAACCCACCAAAGAAUUGUAUUGUUAUGGAAGCUGUUCCCAGGAGAUAAAUGCUCAAAGAUAAAAUGGCAAAGUUUUUCAGGCAUUUGCAAAAGUGAUAAAGAUGUUGUAAAAGUGCAAGAAUGUCAACACAGUUCCAAUACUGCAAGAUGCAGUUUUGAUGGAUUACAUGCAUUUACCAGUUAUACAUUCGAAAUUACAGCCACGACCAACAUUACAAACUACACUACGUUUACCACCUCUAAUAAAACAAAAACACGUUCGUCCAAUCCCAGUUUUGAAGAUAUACCACAUAUACAGCAACUAUCUCACAAUUCUUUUUAUGUUACAUGCAAGAACUUGUCGAACGAUGAGUGGAAUGGACCCCAGGGAAACUAUACAGCCGAACUUAUAAACAAUGGAAUAACUGAACAACAUUUCUCAAAUAAAACGCGCUGUUCAUUUUCAUUUUUAAAUCUUUACUACAACACCAAAUAUAGUAUUAAGAUUACAGCCAAGAAUGAUUAUGGAAAUGCGUCCUCCGUUGAAGUUACCAAAUCCACUAGCUACAAUGACAAGGCUGUCAUCGGAUUCCUGGCUUUCCUCAUUGUUGUGACAUCAGUUGCACUCCUUUUUGUGUUGUACAAAAUUUUUGUGCUCAAACAAAAAAGGCAAGCCGAAGAUGAAAAUAUUCCUCUUACUCAACACCUGCUCAGUGUUGAGCCCAUCGCUGGAGACAGUUUAGUGGACGCUUACAAGAAGAAGAUCGCUGAUGAAGGACGUCUAUUUCUGGCUGAAUUUCAGAGCAUCCCUCGAAUUUUUAACAAUUACACCAUCAAAGAGGCAAAGAAAUUGGAAAACCAGUCCAAGAACCGCUACGUUGACAUUCUGCCUUAUGACUAUAAUCGAGUUACACUCUCAACUGGAGGUGAUGAUGACUACAUCAAUGCCAGCUUUAUUGAGGGAUACAAAGAGCCAAAGAAAUACAUUGCUGCCCAAGGACCCAAAGAUGAGACCAUCGAUGAUUUCUGGAGAAUGAUCUGGGAGCAAAAGUCAUCCAUCAUCGUCAUGGUUACCCGUUGUGAGGAAGGAAAUAAGAGCAAGUGUGCUCAGUACUGGCCAUCUUUGGACAGAGAGACAGAGAUUUAUGAUGAUUUUGUGGUGAAAAUCAGAUCAGAGGACCACUGCCCUGAUUACAUCAUUCGUCAUCUGGUCCUAACCAAUAAGAGAGAGAAAGCUGCAGAAAGAGAAAUCACCCACAUUCAGUUCAUCAGUUGGCCUGACCACGGUGUCCCUGGAGAUCCCAGCCUGCUUCUGAAGCUUAGGAGAAGAGUCAACUCCUUCAAGAACUUCUUCAGCGGCCCAGUCGUGGUCCACUGCAGCGCAGGGGUUGGACGUACAGGAACGUAUAUUGGCAUUGACGCCAUGAUUGAAAGUCUCGAGGCGGAGGGUAAAGUGGACAUCUAUGGAUAUGUAGCAAAACUACGUCGCCAGCGUUGCCUCAUGGUUCAAGUGGAGGCCCAGUACAUACUGAUCCACACCGCUCUGAUAGAGCACAACCAGUUUGGAGAGACAGAGAUCUUCCUCUCUGAAUUUCAUAUGGAGCUCAACACCCUCAGACAGAAAGAUGGAAAUGACCCCAGCUUGCUUGAACUGGAGUUCCAGAAACUUCCCAAGUUUAAAAACUGGAGAACAUUUAACACAGCAAUCAGUGAGGACAACAAGAAGAAAAACCGCUACUCAUCUGUUGUCCCAUAUGACUUCAAUCGUGUCCUGUUCAGACUGGACGUGGAGUGCAACCAGACAAGUGAUCCUGAGGAUGAGGAGUAUUCGUCAGAUGAGGAAGAAGAAGAAUCCAAUGAAUACAUCAACGCCUCAUUCAUUGACGGAUACUGGUGUAAUAAGAGUCUCAUUGCAGCACAGGGGCCUCUACCAAACACAACGGCAGAGUUCCUGUUAAUGCUUUAUCAGCAAAAAACUAAAACUUUGGUCAUGCUCACUGAUUGCAAAGAGGAUAACAAGGAUUAUUGCUCUCAGUAUUGGGGAGAUGAUAAGAAAGUGUUUGGGGAGAUGGAAAUCGAGGUGAAAAAGACAGAGAGUUUCCCAACAUUUGUCAGACGGCGCAUGGAAAUACAGUCCACAAAGAAGAACGAGAUCCUGGAGGUGGAUCAGUAUCAGUUCUUGAAGUGGAGAAACAGUGAACUACCAGAGAACCCUCAGGAGUUGAUAGAGAUGAUAAGGAACAUCAGAGAGAACGGUGGCUAUGACAACAGCAAAAUCAAACGGAAUAUUCCUAUCGUUGUGCACUGCAACAAUGGAUCGUCACGUACUGGAAUCUUUUGUGCCUUAUGGAAUCUCAUGGACAGUGCAUCCACAGAGAAGUUGGUGGAUGUCUUCCAGGUGGUCAAAAAUGUACGCAGGGAGAGGCAGGGAAUGAUUGAAACAAUUGAGCAGUAUCAGUUCCUCUAUACGGCUCUAGAAGGAGCCUUCCCAGUGCAGAAUGGCGGCAUAAAGACACCGGCUUCAAACAACAGCGUUCAAAUCGUCAACGAAACCACAGCGCUUCUCUCACAGCCAGCCAGCAAUACCAGUGUUGACCAGAAGGCGGCAGAAACCAGCCAGACCAAAGAGAGCAAUGAGCACACUGCUGCUGCUACAGAAAAUACCACUGCUUCACCUUCACCAGCAGAGGGAGCUAGUGAGAUCAGCAGCACAUCUGAAAACACCAAUGGGCCUUCUGUUACUAUAGAUGUUUGAGCAUUGUGACGUGUUAUCAGUGGGGCCUAUAUUUCUGAGGGGGCACACCACACAUGUGUGACGUGUUAGUCUAGUGGUGUAGCUUUCAUUAUGUAGGUGACCCUGGUUUGAAUCCUGACCUAAGACUAUAGAUUUUCUGUUUUGAUAAACCAAGCAAAAUUGCAGCUGAACUUGACAGAAUGUUCUUUGUAUGUAAAAGUGCAGCUGUGAGAUUUCAACAAUAAUUUCACAGGACAAAAGUCAUACAAGUUUGGAGUAACAUGAUGGUGGGUUGAUAGCAGGUGUCUUAAAAGAAGGAUAAGAUACCAACUUGUCAAUUAAAUAGCUAUCAAGCUUAUCCAGAAAAGUACAUUUGAUCUCUUGUUUUACAUUUACACUUAACUGUAUAUUUUUGGUACAUUAGGCCAGGGUGUUUUAGCGAAGAGUUGAGGUAGGAUCAGUCAGGCUUGUGCUGAUUCAGUCUCAGGUUUUGAAUUUCUGUAUAAUGAUGCUGUUUGUGUGAAAUCUGUCCAUAUUGAUAUAUUUUUUUGUAUUCAUUUGUAAAGGAUUUACUGUGCUUUAGGAUUUGAUUUGUUUAGGCUAUGAAAUUGCAUUUUUGAAUGUAUUGUAAAAUAAGACCUUCCAAAAAAUAUUUUUUGUAUUUUUGUUUGAAAACUGUAUCAAAGUGCAGUCUCGUUUGUUGUUGAAUCUAAAUUAUGGUGUCUAAAACGCUGGAUGGAAAUCUUUGAUGGGAGUGUGUGCUUUUAUGUUUGAGAACAAAAAAAUAAGAGCAAAGAUAACUUUGCACUACAUUGCUGUCCUCAAACUAUCUUUCAUUUCACUAUAUUUUUCCUGAGUUUUCAAAGCUAAGUUAAUUUUUUUUCCUUUAAAGCAGUUGUUCAAUGUAACUUAAAAAGAAUAAAGGAUAGCUUGAAUAAUAACGUCUUUGUAAUGCAUUUUAAUUCGCUACAGAGCCCAACACCAGUGAAAGUUGUGGGAGUAUUGAAAAAUCAGUCUGCAUGGUAAGUUGUGUUAGCAGCUUGCAAUGUGUUUGAAGUGUGUAUCACUAGUGCAUCAACUGGGUCGGUGCUGAUGCAGGUGUGCUGAGUGGGUCAGCUUAUUUAACCAAUUUUUUGUCCUCACCAGGUGCACAAACCUGACCUGGAACAAAAAAACUAGCAUUACACGAAUCAACAUUAGCAUAUACCAGCAUGAGACACAAGAUGGCACCUGCUAACAAAGAAGCUACCCCGACUGCUUUAUUUUACCCGCCAUCAAGCCUGUGUGCUUUCUUGCAUUAAUUUGCACACCAAUCUGAUUGGUAUGUCUUUCUCUUUUUUCCUCUUAUCUAUUUAACGAUCAAUUGACGAGAUUUAGAGUAGUGCCAUAUUUUUUUGUCGGUAAUGAUAACAAGGCUGAGCAGACUUGCAGUCUUGCAGUCUCUUCAAUGAGUUGUACUGCUGUUUUUAAAGUGGACUGAUCGUUAAGCUGACGAAACAUUGGAAAAAACGCCUUUACUAAAACAUUUAGAAAACACCAGUUGUGAAAGUUAGAUGUGAUUUAGGACCUUUAUAUAGCUUUAAACAGUGCACGCCAUUGUGCAGACUUUAAGUCUAUUCCUCACUGCUUCAUUUUCUUUCCCUUCAAAAAUUUAAAAUGGCGCUAUAGACUGAAUAAGGUCUAUAUAGCUUAGAUUUUAUUGUAAGAUAACAUUUGUUUGUUAUAACAGACCACUGAGAUAAAAACAUGCAAGUAACCAGCAAGUGUGACACCCUUGCAAACACAAAACGUUCCUUUAACGUUAGCAGUUCCCUUCUGGUAAUUUUUUGGAAACCAUUUCCUAAUGAUCUCGGAACCUUCUUUUUAGGUUUUGUUUUUGUAUAACCAAAAACUAUAAUUUCCCUGAUAGCACAUGUACGUCACAAAUGUCUAUUUGAUGUGUGUGUUUACAUCGAAGACAUAUUUUUAAUGUUGUUUGCUCAUCUGAAAACAUCUAUAAGAUAUAUGUCAAUAAGUAUGUCUCGGAUGUCAAUAAGACAUUCAGCAGAUGUCUUUAAGAUGUUUAUGAUUUAGAAUGUUUGUAAAUCUGAUCUUUUUAAGAUGUUUAUAAGACAUUCAGCAGAUGUCUUUGAGAUGUUUAUGGUUUAGAAUGUUUGUAAAUCUGAUCUUUUUAAGAUGUUUAGCAUAUGUUAAUUAGAUUGUGAUGCUUUCCAGAUGAAAAGAUCUAAACAAACGUCAGAGAUGUACGUGUGCUGUCUGGGUUAUUGCAAGAAUUCCCAGAAAAGCUAUGUGUCUCUUUCUUUUCUUUCCCCCUUUAAGUCAAAGAAGGGCUCAGUAAGGAUUCACAGUGAUUCAAAAGAAAGAAAUGAUUUUGUCCUUUAUAAUAAAUAGAAAAAAGCCCAUAAAGGGUAGGCCAAAAUCAGUUUUUAAAAAGACAAUUUAAGCUUGCUAUUUCUGCAUGCAAACACUUUGUCAACCCAGGUUUACACACAUUGUGUAUGUAUGUGUGUGUGUGUGUGUGUGUGUGUGUGUGUGUGUCUUAUUUAACCAUAUUUAAAAAUAAAUCUUUUUCCAUGA